AUGGUGCUGAGAGGAAGACAUCUACACAACAAUACAAGUGUGAGACGUUCUUUCCGUACUCGGCCUUCCAACCAGUUCCCGGUGAUUUUUGUUGACCACAAUGAUAUUAAGCUUUUUGGUGAGGACUCGUUUGAAGACGACUUCGCGUUAAGGUCUCCAUCUGCCCGAAAGCCCCGUAAAAAGAAAGACGACCCACUCAAGGUCUUCGCCAAUGUAACUAACUUGUCAGCUAUUCCCGAGCUUCACGAUGAUGAGCCCAUUCUCGAAAAAAUAAACGAGGAGGUAGGUAGUGUUCAUUCAAAAUCCACGUUUCAUAAUACAUUCGAACAAAAGUACGUGAAAAACCGAAAGUGA